UUUGAUCUAAGUCACUUUGGCGCUCAUGUCGAAGAAAGACUGUUUUUACUUCAAAGAUGUGUGAAGGAUAUAUGGAGCAUACAUGUAUAUAUAACAGUCUAUGUAUCAUCAGCAGCUGCUUCUUAUUAUGGAGAUGAAAGAUAUUGCAGCGUAUGACUGUGUUUAAAGUUGAAAUUAAAGUAUUAAUUCAGAUGUGAUUUUUGCAUUUAGUGAAUUUCAUAAAUUCUUAUGUGAAAAAAAAAGACAGUAAAUGAAAGUGUUGAGGAAAGUGCAUUACUUGCACAGGUCUAAUUUAUUUGCGCUGUAGAUUGGCGACUUUUCUUGCAAUUUAUACCUACCACUUGUAUGUCUGACUACCAAUGUUGUCAGUGAGGUCAUGCCAACAUGUUUCAUCAAGUAUUGGGGUGUUAAACAAUUACGUGUCAAGCGGUAGGAUGUUUAAAGCAAGUUGGCAGGAAGUGAUAGGAUUAUAAUUCUAGUAAGCAUCAAGUUGCAGCACGUUCACAUAAGUUAGAAUCAAGUACUAAGACAAUAAGACAAGUUAGCAUGAAACGUUAGGUUGUUAACACAAGUAAGAAUCAUGUGGAAGGACAGUAACACAAGUUCACAUUAAUUGGUAGGUUGUGAACACAAGCUAGAUGAUAAAGCAAGUUAUCAUCAGUUGGUCAGCUUGAGUUAGCACCAAGUGGUAAGACGAUAACACAAGUAAUUUGUAAGUGGUAGGACGAUAACACAACUUUGAAUAAGUAAGCAUCAAGUUGAAGUGGAAAGACAUUAAUACAAGUUAGCAUCAUGUGAUAAGAAAAUAACUGAAGCUAGCAUCAAGUGGUAAGUCAGUAUACAAGUUAGCAUCAAGUGGUAAGACUUAGCAUCAAGUGGUGGAAUGAUAACACAAGUAAACAUGAGUUUUCAUCUAUUGGCAGGACAAUAAUACAAGUUGACAUCAAGUGGUAGGAUGAUAACACUGUCACAAGUUAGCAUCAAAUGAUAGGACGGUAACAUUAGUAAGCAUCUUAUAGUUGGACAAUAACACAAGUGCUUAUCAAGGGGAAGGACGAUAUCAGAAGUUUGCAUCUAGUUGUAGUACGAUAUCAAAGUUUGAAUCUAGUGGUAGUACGAUAACACAAGUUGGCAUCUAGUGGUAGUACGAUAACACAAGUUGGCAUCUAGUGGUAGUACGAUAUCACAAGUUUGCAUCUAGUGGUUCUAUGAUGACACAAGUUUGCAUCUAGUGAUAGUACGAUAACACAAGUUGGCAUCAAGAUGAUAACAAGUGGUUGUCUUUAAGUGGAAGGAAUAUAACUUAUCAUCAUGAUUGAAAAGACAAUCAUAAAUGGAUAUCUAGAGCAAUAAUCUUCAGAUGAACAUAGAGUUGCAGAAAAUACUUUGAACCUUUAUCCAACAGAAUACAAAAAUGUUUGAAAAUAAAAUCUGGCAACAUUAUUGGUUAAGAAAACAGUUGGAAGGAAACGAUGCUGUGUUACUCUGAAAUGCUAUUUUCUAAGAUAGAAAACACAAUUUAGAAUGGCAUAGGUGUAUAUUUUAUAGAAACUUAGUUGUUGUUUAUUGUGCAAUAUUAGAAUACUAUUCAUGUGUUCAUGUCAGCUUUUGGCUCAUACAUGAGGUGCUGGUAGUUUUACAUGAAUGAACAAAUUAUUUUUGAAUGACUGGCGAUUAACACAGUUACUGAUAGAAAACUUCAUUUAUAAUUACGUUUAUAGUCUUUCGUGCAGCUAGCUUGCCAUUAUGUUUCUGUUCUGCAGUGAUGAUUACCUUUAAGAAAAUUUGUAUUUGCUUGACUUGUUUAUGGUUUUACUGAAGAUACCUAUUGUUCAUCUUGAUUUUAUUUCAAAUAUUUUUUUUAUAGAACUGUUGUUUUCUCAUAUUCAAAUUAUCAUUAUAUUCCAAAAUACAUUCCUUAUAUUAACUGUAGUCUUUCAUGUUGUGUUCAGAUGUAUAUGUAUUUAAUUUUUACUGUAAAACUAAAAGGUGGCAGGCCAUUUUAUAUUUUAUAAGUUAUUCUUUGUUAACUCGUUACAAGUGAUGAGAAUUCUGUGGUCUUAUGAAGCAGAUAUUAAGCAUUCUUAUUAAAAAUACUACAUUCCAAUACAGUUUUCAUUCCACAUUUUAUCAUUUUAACAAAAAGUUUUUGAAAGAAAUUAUAUUUGCAUUUAAGAAUGUAAUUUUUCUUUUAUGUUUUUUAUUGUGUUUAGUGUCAUUUUUUACAAUUUGCAGCAGACAAGAUGGAAGCCAUAGUCAGUAUGAAAAAUAACUGCUCUUGUCAACUAAAAUGUUGUUUCCAGCAUGCUAUUGUGUUUACAAAUCACCAUUUUAGAUUGUCUGUUGCUUUAAUGAUGUUGUUAUGCUUUAUUAUGCCAUUUCUUGCCAUAAAUUUACCAUUUUCUAAACUGUAUGAGAAAUACCACACUCAGUCAGAAACCUUGGAACUUGCCAAGAAAUUGAAUUCAGUACGCAUUUCAAAAGCUUUGAAAUAUUUUAAUGAAUCCGAUUCAAAGAAAUCACUUUUGUUCUAUAACAAACGCUCAGAGCAGGCACCAGAAGUUGUUGUGUGCAUUGUUACAGUCAGUCGGAAUAGUCAGCACCAUGAAACGGGUUAUCUUCUUCAGACAUCUUCAGUCAUUGAUAGUAUCAUAAAAUCUGACACACACUUUAAAGAUACACUUUUAUUCAUCUGUAACGUCGACAGAAAUCCGCUUGGUCAUUCGGAUGCUAUGUUUGUUCAGCGUUACUUCCCUUAUGUACAGAAACAUGGGACGAACAGUUUUGGUAGGACCUAUUACAUCCAUGAAUUUACCUCGAAAAAUACAGAUCCAUCUCGAAAAAAUGAAUUUGAAGAUUACAUUUUUUGCAUGAAUGUUUCCAAAUCAUUUGGUUCAGCAUAUGUACUGAUGUUGGAGGACGAUGUUGUACCGUAUAAAAAUGUGUUUGACGUUUUACAUUAUUCAGUAAAACAACAUAAUUUACAACACUUUGACCAUUUAGAUAAGAAGGUAGUUCCAGGGAGGGAAUUUGCAUUUUUGAAACUGUAUUAUCCAGAAAGGUGGCAGGGUUAUGCUAAUGAAGUUGACCGUAUACUUGAACUUAUUAGUGUAGGUGUACUCGGAGGUGCAGUCUUGCUCAUUGUCGCUUCUCUAUGUGCCUCAAACUCUGGCCUUACCUAUUCCUUUAAAUUGUUCUAUUUUAUAUUUGGUUCUGUAUUGACAAUGAUGUCUGUCUUGAUAAUUGGUAGACAUAAUGUUAUGGCCUUACGCAGAAUUUCACCACAAUUAUUUGUAUUUAAGCCGACACCCGGAUGUUGUACGCCUGCAAUGUUUUAUUCGUCUCAUGUAUUGUUUGAUUUAAUGCAGUAUCUCAUGACUCAUUCAGACAAGAACAAAGAUCUUGCGAUCAAUGAUUUUAUUAAACUGAACAACAUUCCCGGAUAUAUAUUAGAACCAAAUUUAUUUCGACAUGUAGGAAUGUAUACCUCUUUAAAAGAUGCAUAUAAGUCACCAGGAGAAUUCAUUUUUGACAUGCGCUGACAGUCAUUUUUAUACGCCCGUUUGAAAAACUGGACAUUAUGGGAACGCCCCUGGCGGGCGGUUGGCCAGGCAGGCAGCGUCCACAGACUUUGUCUGGAGCAUAUCUUCUUCAUGCAUGGAAGGAUUUUGAUGAAACUUGGCACAAUAGUUCACCAUCAUGAGACGGAGAGUCAUUUGCAAGAACCAGGUCCCUAGGUCAAAGGUCAAGGUCACACUUAGAGGUCAAAGGUCAAAUUCAAGAAUGACUGUCCGGUGCAUAUCUUCUUCAUGCAUGGAGGGAUUUUGAUGUAACUUGGCAUAAUUGUUCACCAUCAUGAGACUGAGUGUUGUGCACAAGAACCAGGUCCUAGGUCUAAGGUCAAGGUCACACUUAGAGGUCAAAGGAUACAAAAAUGAAAACUUUGUCUGGAGCAUUUCUUCUUCAUGCAUGGAGGGAUUUUGAUAUAACUUGGCACACAUGUUCACCACCAGGAGAUUGAGUGUCAUGCACAAGAACCAGGUCCCUAGGUCUAAGGUCAAGGUCACUGAGGGCAAAGGUCAGAUACAAGAAUGACUUUGUCCGGAGCAUUUCUUCUUCAUGCAUGGAGGGAUUUUGAUGUAAUUUGGCACAAUUGUACACCAUCAUGAGUGUCAUGCGCAGGUCCCUUCUUUAGAAUUACUUCCCUUUGUAAUUACUAUAAAUGGCUUAUAUUGUAACUUUUUCAUUACUAGUCGUAGGGAAAAAUUGAGACCCCUUUUCUGUAGUAUAACAUGCAUGUUACAUCCAAUUUUGAGGUGUAUUUUGAACUAUCUCUACCUGGUAAGGAGUUUUAUGUGGACUUAAAAAUAUUUUUUUUGAUUUUUGUGCCCCACAUGAGUGGUGGGGGCAUAUAGAUUUGGUCUUGUCUGUCUGCCCAUCUGAAGUUUGUGACGCUCCUAGCUCAAAAAGUUUUUGAUAUAGAUUGAUGUAACCUUGCAUGAGUCUUUUUCAUGAUAUGAACUUGCGCACCUCCUAUUUUUCGUCUAGCUCCGCCCCCUAUUUCUAGAGUAAUGGCCCCUGAAAUAGUCAAAAAUGCAUAUUUUCACCUUGUGACACGCCUAGCUCAAAACGUAUUUGAUACAGAUUCAUGAAACCUUACAUGAGUCUUAAUCAUGAUAUGAACUUGGGCACCUCCUAUUUUUUAUGUGGGUCCGCCCCCUAUUUCCAGAGUUAUGGCCCCUGAAAUAGUCAAAAAUGCACAUUUUCACCUUGUGACAUGCCUAGCUCAAAAAGCAUUUAAUAUAGAUUUAUAAAACCUUGCAUGAGUCUUUAUCAUGAUAUGAACUUGUGCACCUCCUAUUUUUCAUCUGGGUCCGCCCCCUAUUUCCAGAGUUAUGGCCCCUGAAAUAGUAAAAAAUGCACAUUUUCACCUUGUGAUGCGCCUAACUCAAAAAGUAUUAUAUAUAAAUUGAUUAAACCUUGCAUGAGUCUUAAUCAUGAUAUGAAAUUGUGCACCUCCUAUUUUUUGUCUGCCUCCGCCCCCUAUUUUCAGAGUUAUGGCCCCUGAAAUAGUAAAAAAAGCACUUUUUCACCUUGUGACACACCUAGCUCAAAAGGUGUAUGAUAUGAAUGAAUGAAAACUUGCAUGAGUCUUUAUCACGAUAUAAACUUGCACACCUCUUAUUUUUUGGCAGGCUCCACCCCCUGUUUUUAAAGUUAUGUCCCGUGAAAUAGUAAAAAAUGCACAUUUUCACCUAAAUGUGCCUAGCUCAAAAAGUAUUUGAUGUAAAUUCAUGAAACAUUGCUUGACUCUUUAUCAUGAUGUGACCUUGCACUCUUGGCAUUCUUCUUGAGAAUCUUAGCACUUAUCACAGAGUUAUGGCCCUUGAAAUAGCCGAAAUAGUGGAUUUUUUGUUUGUGAUGCUCAUAGCUCAAAAAGUAUAUGGCCUAGAAUAAUGAAUCCUUUUCAUAAAAUGUUUGUUGAGGCUAUACCCGAUUAAGACUGCAAACAUUUGAAUUUUUUCCCCUUAUUUGUGACAAAUGUAUCAGCGGGGGGCACACCCUGUGUCCUACAGACACAUUCUAGUUUUUUUUGUUUUGUUUUUAGCUCAUCUGAUUUUUUGAAAAAAAAUGAUGAGUUAUUGUCAUCCCCUUGAGGGUUGUCGGCGUUCGGCGUCGGCGUUGCCUGGUUAAGUUUUAUGUUUAGGUCAGCUUU